UCCUCCAUCCCUCGUCUCCGAGGAAAAACCCUAAAAACCUUUUCGUUUUCUACUCUUCCCAAAAAAAAAAAAAAAAAAAAAAUCCUAUUCCCUCAUCAAAUCCUCAUUCUUUCUUCUUCUUUCUCCGUAGAAGAAGAAGAUGGGUUCUUCUAGCAACAGUUUUGUUGCAAUCGUUGUACUGCUGGGAAUGCUGACGGGAUCUUCUCUCGCUCAGGCGCCAGGCGCCGCUCCGGCGGCCUCGCCAACCGUCUCUCCGCCACCACCGAAACCUGCUCCGUCCUCUCCACCGGCGGCCCUAACUCCGCCUCCGGCUUCCGCUCCUUCCCCAGUGUCGAUCCCGCCGGCUAAGUCACCAUCUCCCGCCACCGUUUCUCCCCCGGCACCACCUACUUCAUCUCCCUCUCCUUCCUCUGCUCCUCCACCAUCCACCAUCUCCCUCCCUCCUUCGGCGGCAGGGGCCCCGGCAUCGCCUCCGACCGGCAAUAGCAACUCCGCUCUCCCCGUCAUGAACAGAAUCGUAGUCGCCGGAUCUGCUCUCUCCGGUAUCUUCGCUGCUGCUUUCCUUAUUUAGAUCCUCGCCGUCCGUUGGGAAGCUUUCUUCGCCGUUGAUAUUUGUUGGGAUGAUGCGUGCUGUUUUUUUUUUUUUUUGGGAAUUGAUAUCUACAACAGUCUGGGUGAUAGAUGCAUCCAUCUUGACUCCUUUUGGUAAUACAAUCGUACAUUUUUGUACUAUCGUUUUUACCGUGAGUAAAAAGGAAUGGUGUAUCUAUUAACUAGUUUGGUUGUAAAUGGUAGGUCCGUUUUUCUCUUUUCAUUUUAUUACUUUGUUUUUAUUAUCAUUAUUAUUAGUAUGGUGUUAGGAUUUGGAUGUUUAUUUAUUAUAAAUACUUUUGAUUCUUUUUCUUUUUUAA